AUGAAGAAUGGAGUCCACGGCGUUCGGGCCCGUCGAACGGCACUCGCCGACGCCGUAUCUGGUGUCGCCGCCUCGUUGUUGUCGUUAUGGUUGUUUUAUCCAGUCGACGUAUGGAAGACGAACGCAGCCGCAGGAAAUGCGCCCGUUGUCUGGGGGAGUAUACAAAAUUGGCGUGCAUUGUACGCUGGGUGGGCUGCAAAGUCGUUACACACGGCGAGUAGCUCGUUCUGUUAUUUCUAUCUGUACAGCUGGAUCCUUUCGAUAUGGAAAGGAAACCGCUCCAGCAACGAAAUCUCCACGAUUGCUCGACUAUGCCUGUCGGCCGUAGCCGCCAUGGCAAAUACGUUUCUGACCUUACCUCUUGAUGUCUUAUCGUCGCAACAACAAACGGAUCGCAGACGGACCGCGUUAAGUUUGUGGAAAGGACUGUGGCCCUCGUUACUACUGUGCAGUAACCCCGCCAUCCAUUUUACCGUGUUCGAUAGCGCAAAGACACACUUACUGAACCAGCAGUCUCACAAGUCCAGCUUGUCCCUCGUCGAAGCCUUUAUUCUUGGUCUACUUGCCAAGCUGGUCGCCACCAUUGCCACCUACCCAUUAAUUCGAGCAAAAAUCAUGCUCAUGGUCACAAACCAAUCAAACUUGUGGCCGUGCCUGAGAGACGAGUAUGCGCAGCAUGGUGUGGGAGGCCUUUACAAGGGCUGUCGUGUGCAACUUUUGCACACGCUGCUCAAGACUGCGUUCCUCAUGAUGGCCCGGGAACGCAUCAACCAAAGUACGAGUCGAAUGGUGCUUCCAAACAUGUCUUUCUCUGCUCGUAGUACGGUGCCACCACACCAGUAA